CAGGGCCUCCCAGCACCUCCAGGGCACGGGAGCUGCAUCUGCCGGAGUAGGUUUCAGCCCAGACUUUCCUGAUGGGCUGGAAUCUAUGAGGGCUCCCAGCUAGGAGCCACCCAGGCCCACGGGUGAGUCUCAGCCCUCCCAGCCCUGAAGGUGGGAGAUGCCAGGGAAGUCUCUCCUUGCAGGGCCCUAGGAAGCCACAGGCCCAAGGCUUCCCCAAAUCUCUGUGCAGGCCUGGAACAGAGAAGCCAAGGCUGGGGAACCUGUGGGGCCCCACUGACCAUUCUUGCAGACACACAUGCAGUGGCUGAGGUCUCCUCCAAGGCUGGGCACGCAAGUCCUAACCUGCAAGUCCUAAAUAGCACCACCUUCCUUUCCUUUCUGUGGGCAGCAGUUUCAAAUCCUAAACCCCCGAAGUGCUGGAAGCCAUGACAGCCUUUGUCAGGUGCUGAGAAUGGCUGCUCCUGUGUGGUGACCCUGUUAGGGCGUCUGGGGUGCGUAGGAGGCUUCGUCUUCCAGAGGCUUCCCAGGCCUUGACGCAUGCAGUGUGAUUUUUGCCUUUUUGGUUUUUUGUUUUGUUUUGUUUUUUGGAGCUGCGGGAGGAGGGCGUGCACAACUUCCAAGAGGGCAGGAGAGUGUAGACCCUCCUCCUGGAAACUGCUCCCCACGUCCACACUCUAGUUCCACACAGCCUCUCUGUAGACCCCAGAGCAAGAGCCCCUAGGCCAGACAGGGUGACACUGGAGCGCCUCAAAGAGCAUCUGGUCCCACCCCUUUAUUUCACUCACAAGGAAGUCAAGACCCAGAGAGGGGAAGUGACUCUCCCCAGAGCAGGCUGUCAGCCAGGCCUGGAGGAGAAAUGACAUCUCUCAGCCCUCUCAGCUGCACCGGACCACCAACAGGUAACAGCCUCUGGGCCAUUUAGAGAAACUGAGGCAUGGAGCCUUUAACCUGACCUUGCUCUUGUGGACUGCAGUUGUGAUUCAAUGGGCACGAAUUGCUGUGUGAUGCCGGGGAGGUGUUUGUGAUUCUUGACAAAGUCAUUUGAAUCCAUCACUUCAAGAGAGUAAAAGCAGCCCCGUCUGAUCUGUUAGUGUUGUAGGAAGAAACAUGAGUCAGCAAAACACCAGCGGGGACUGCCUGUUUGACGGCGUCAACGAGCUGAUGAAAACCCUACAGUUUGCAGUCCACAUCCCCACGUUCAUCCUGGGCCUGCUCCUCAACCUGUUGGCCAUCCAUGGCUUCAGCACCUUCCUUAAGAACAGGUGGCCCGAUUACGCUGCCACCUCCAUCUACAUGAUCAACCUGGCGGUCUUUGACCUGCUGCUGGUGCUCUCCCUCCCUUUCAAGAUGGUCCUGUCCCAGGUACAGUCCCCCUUCCCGUCCCUGUGCACCCUGGUGGAGUGCCUUUACUUCGUCAGCAUGUACGGAAGUGUCUUCACCAUCUGCUUCAUCAGCAUGGACCGGUUGUUGGCCAUCCAGUACCCACUCCUGGUGAGCCACCUCCGGUCCCCCAGGAAGAUCUUUGGGAUCUGCUGCAUCAUCUGGGUCCUGGUGUGGACCGGGAGCAUCCCUAUCUAUAGUUUCCACGGGAAAGUGGAAAAAUACACGUGCUUCCACAACAUGUCUGAUGAUACCUGGAGCGCCAAGGUCUUAUUCCCGCUGGAGGUGUUUGGCUUCCUCCUUCCCAUGGGCAUCAUGGGCUUCUGCUGCUCCAGGAGCAUCCACAUCCUGCUGGGCCGCCGAGACCACACCCAGGACUGGGUGCAGCAGAGAGCCUGCAUCUACAGCAUCGCAGCCAGCCUGGCUGUCUUCGUGGUCUCCUUCCUCCCAGUCCACCUGGGGUUCUUCCUGCAGUUCCUGGUGAGAAACGGCUUUAUCGUAGAGUGCAGAGCCAAGCAGAGCAUCAGCUUCUUCUUGCAAUUGUCCAUGUGUUUCUCCAACGUCAACUGCUGCCUGGAUGUUUUCUGCUACUAUUUUGUCAUCAAAGAAUUCCGCAUGAACAUCAGGGCCCACCGGCCUUCCAGGGUCCAGCUGGUCCUGCAGGACACCACGAUCUCCCGGGGCUAACGGAAGGACAUCCUGUUCAGGAGAAGAAAGCCCUGGCCCUGAAUUCUGGUAAUGGACAUCACGUUCCAGGGUUUUGAUGUGGUGGGAUGACCCGCACCAUCUUCACUGAUGUGCUUCCCUUUGAUGCCCAUUGAGUGCCAGCUUUGCUCAUUAUACCCCAAAGACCUUUUUUCCACUGCCCAGACAGCUCCACAUAUACCACCCAGUGUUCAGGGAUCUCUGAAGAACCCACAAACCAGGUGAAUUACUGAUUUCUAAGUCCAAAAACUAUAGAGCAGAAGAAUUGAGAAACAGAAUGAGAACAUGUCAACAAGGCUGUUUCCGACUCUCCCCAUUUUCCUGUUCGACUGGGAGGUUCUGGAAAGAAAGAGAGAGAAAGAGAGAGGAGGUAGAGGAGGGAGCCAAGAGAGUCAGUUAUGGGGGAGAAUGUCUUGGGCAGAGGCGGGAUGGUAGGGAUGAAUGAAGCCCCUUUUUAAGUUUGGGUGUCCCAGAACGGAGCAGACUUGCAUUUUCCAGUCCCUUCUGGAGCUGUGUUGCCAAAAGCCUCACUGAGAUGACAGCAAGUGGGGGUGGUGUUGGGGCUGGGCAAGUAGCAUGGAUCACCCCAAGUUUCCAGUGAGCCUCAGAAAGGUGAAGGAAGCCAGCCACACCUUUCUGUGCCCGUGAGAAGACUGCAGAGUGACUGAGUGGGGUGCCGAUGACAUCCAAGAGCCAUGAGGGUGGAGGGGAAAGGACAGUCCUGGGGAAGGAAGAAGACAGGCCUAGGGCUGGAAGCACACAGCCCCUCUCCCAUCACCAUCAGGCUGUCCAUAGCAUGGAGUGUUGGUGCUGGCCCAGGGCGAAGAGAGGCAGUGGGAGACGGCCUGGGAGCGGGGAGACCCCUGACCUGCUUUCUGUCCUGAACAGACUGGGAAGUUGCUCAUUACACCUAGCUUCCUUGAGAACAAUGGCAAAGAAUCAGGCUUGCCUUGGUUCCACCGUAGGAGGGUGGAGGAGGGGCUGUCUUACUCACCUGCAUCCUGGCUGGGCAGCUGGCACCCGUGGCACUGCCCAUGGAGCUGUCCCUCCCUGGCAGCUGGGAGGGAGAUGAGGCAGCCAGACACGAGGGUGUGGCCUUGAGAAAGAAGGCAAGAGGGGGUCCCUGCAGGUCCCAGGAAACUGUAAACAAUUGAGUCAUGCCUGGAUGGCUUCUCAACAGAUCUGGAGGAGGAGUGCAAGUGACAGAGGAAGCCUCCCAAUGACUCAGCUGCUCCGGAGAGUGAAAUGAUGAGAAGGAUCCAUUGUGGGGUGGUUUUGCAUGACAGAGCGAGUGGGAUGAGGAGUAACUGAUGAGACUUCAUGUGAGCAAGGUCUUUAGGAGGAAAAGCAACUGCGGUCUACUUGUAGGAUCUGGGCUCAGUGGGGGCCGAAGGGCUUGGGAGGGAUGGCGGCCUGAGGGGAAGAAAAGAAGCAUUUGGAUAAACCUGGACCUGUGGGGAGGAGGAGGAGGAAGAGGAAGAGGAAAAGGAGGGGAAGCUGUGCAGUGGCCCUAGGCUUGAAGCCUGCAGGGAGUGCAGGGUGGGUGGGGAGCCUGGCUGAGCUGCUUCCUGCCUGAGAGCCUUUCCCGGCUGGCCUAAGAGCCAUGGAUGGACAGGAGUCCCCUUCUCAGGAGCAGCUCCCGCUGUUGCUGUGCUCAAGUGGCACCCUGUACACCUCCUCCUAGGUGGAUGGAGGGAAGGGUGAGGAAGAGAGCGUCAAUGAAGGGGUGGAAGUGGAUGUGGAGGAGUAACCAGACCAGACCAGACCAGAGGGAUCGGAGGCUCAGGCCCCCUGGGCUGGGCCUCUAGGAACCACAGCCACAGAGUCAGGCUCUACAGACCCAGAGGUAAGGCUGCCUGGCUGCCCCAAGCCCCAGACACUCCUCUCCUUGCCUGCAGGCUGCCCUGUCCCAUGGCCACCCUAGACAGAGACACCACCCGUGAUACUCUGAGGAGGCCAGACUUUCGCAUGCAAUAGGGCAUUUGGGGCUGGUUCGGGUCAGAGUCCACGGGUGGUGGAUUUAGGGACCACCCUCCUCCCACUUCUUUCUCUGCAUGAGGAGUUGGGAGCCUGCCUGGUGGAGUUGAGUGAUGCCCUUCAUGUGCACUUGGGUCUACCAAUGUGUUUAGGGCCAGAUGGGCUUCCUAAGAGACAGGGGUGGGUGGACCUAACCACCUAUCAUCCCCAGCGAUGUUCAAACAUAAAGUCUUAUCUAUAUGCAGCAUGACUCUGUCCAGGUGACAGAAAGGGCUCUAGACAGCUGAGAGGAACGGAUCAUGUAGGGAGGGACGGGGAGGGGAGCCAGGACCCAGGAGCUGCAUGACUGUAAGAGGAAGGUCCUUGGAGGGUAUCAGCAGUCUCAGUGUGAUGUGUCAACUAUGGACCUGUGGGUGUGCCCUGGGGACCCCGACCCAUCCCAAAACACUGUGGGAAGAAGGGCCUCUUCUCCAUGAGGACCCGUGUCUGUGGGAGCGGGCACAGGUCCAUUCUGCAGGCCACUACGGCUGCUCGGCAGGAGGGCCGAGAGUUUGGACCCACAUAGCUGCAACCCAAGCUGGUCCAUAGUCAGCAGUGCGGCCCAGUGGCACCGGAGGGGCGGAUGGUUAGCACUGGAAAAAAUGACUUGAUUAAUCUGAUUCGCCAAAUAAAUAGAUUCAUGUGAUGCCUUG